AUGGCAAACAGAUAACUAGAGAGAGCAGACGAUAAUGUACCUGACAACUCAAGAAAUUUGGAAGCAUGCAAAGAUUGUAAAAUAAUUUUGUCAUCCAAUCAAUGGAGAAGUAUAAAAUCUUGUCCUAAUUGUGGUGAUGUAACACCUGAGACUACUUCUAAUUUUGGAGGAAUGGUAUCAGUGAUGGACUCCAAGCAUAGUUGGGUGGCAAGGUACAAUGAAUUCUAAGGGUUGGUACCCGGAAUCUAUGCUAUUCAGUUGCAAGACUAGCAACAUAACCCUGAAAGCAAAGAAAACUCUUACGAGAGAGAAGAACUAAAUGAAGAUUCGUACGACUGA